GUUUACACAAUCUUUAUUGUACUUAUAUUUUAUUUAAAAAAUGAAUUAAAAAUUACUUUAUUAGUGUGUUUUUAACUGUCUAGCUAUUUGGUUAUUUUUUUAAAUAAAAAAUAAUGAUUUUGCCAAUUUUAUUGAUUUACCUCAUUGAAAAUAUUUGUGUUUGAUAAUGAAAUGUUCUAAAGCUCUUCCGCGUUAUCCCUAGACGCCCUACAAGGUAACUUAUGAAAGAAGUUCAAAAUGACUUAUUCACUUUUGAGGUCCAUGUGACCACACGAAAAUAUAAUGAAAUAUUUUUUACCAUUCUUAUUACUUACUUUUGUUCAAUGCUCACAAUUUGAUUUGUUCCUGGAUUAUAAUGAUGUUGAAUCCUUAAUGGGUUUAUCUGCUCGUUUAUACUAUGUCAGACACAAUCAGCUCAAUUUAAAUGCCAUGCAAUAUCCAUUGGAAGUGCCAUCAUUUAUUAAUACUUUAAACUUAACUUGGAGUACCAAUUAUAAGUUAUUAUACAAAUUAACCAUUCAAUCAGAUAAAGAUACAGUUCUACCAAAACUUAAUUCACUAUCGGAGGGUGAUGUACCUAAUUCAAAAUCAACUUUUACUUUUACAUUAUCAUGUUUACCUAAUUCUGAUAUUGCAAUUAUUAAAGUAUUAGUUCAAGUAUCAGAAAAUUGGCAAAGUGAUUCAACUAAUAUUCAUCUUAGAUUCAAAAAAUUUUGUGUUGACAAUUAUCUCAAUGAAAUAUCUAAUACUACAGAAGAUAAUCGUUCACUUCCACUUUAUUAUGAACAAGUGUUCUUCUAUUAUAUGAUUGCGGGUGGAUCAAUAUUAAUAGGUCUUGCUAUUAUUUGUUGCUUGAUAUCUACUUAUCAUCGUGAUAACGCACGAAAUCUUAUGAUUGUGAAAGGCUUCCAAAAUAAUGAAGUAAAUACAUUUUUAAAAUCUGCAUUGAAUUCCAGUAAUAAAUUUAAUCAAAAAUCACUAUCUGGAUCAAAGUCUAAUAUUAAAGAUUUGCAUGAAUGUAUUGUUGAACUUAGUAUUCAAAGGCAAAGAGUAAGAUUACUUAAUAUAGAAUUGGAAGGAACUUUUGGACGUGUUUAUAAAGGUUCUUAUACUGAUAUAAAUGGAGAAGAAGAAGAAGUUUUUGUGAAAACUGUUACUGAUCAAGCUAGCGCUGUUCAAAUAUCUGUUCUUUUACACGAAGGCUUAAGUAUGUAUGGCCUUAAUCAUAAGAAUAUUCUAACUAUUCAAGGAGUAUCUGUUGAACAACAUGUAGAACCAUUUUUAUUAUAUCCUUAUAAUAAUAAUAAAAAUUUAAAAAAAUUUUUACAAACUUGUAAAACAACUGAAAAUUUAUCUUGUACAUUAACAACUAGAGAAAUAAUUGAUAUGACUUUACAAAUUAUUAGUGGUAUGCAAUAUUUGCAUAAAAAUAGGCAUUUACAUAAAGAUGUUGCCGCUAGAAAUUGUCUUAUAAAUCAAGAAUUCAAAGUACUUAUCACUGAUAAUGCUCUCUCAAGAGACUUAUUUCCUAGUGACUAUCAUUGUUUGGGCGACAACAAAAAUAGACCUAUCAAGUGGAUGGCAAUUGAAAGUUUAGAACACAAGAAGUUUAGUACAGCAUCUGAUAUCUGGUCCUUUGGUAUUCUUUUAUGGGAACUUCUUACUUUAUGCCAACAACCAUAUGCGGAUAUAGAUCCAUUCGAAAUGUCUGCAUAUUUACAAGAUGGCUUUAGGCUGAAUCAACCAGUUAAUUGUCCUGAUGAAUUAUUUACUGUAAUGGCAUGCUGCUGGGCACUUGCUCCUAAUGAAAGACCUACGUUUUCUCAAUUAUUUGUUUUUAUGAAUGAGUUCAAUAAUCAGCUUGUUAAAUUUGUAUAAACUUAAUUAAUCUAAGCUUUUCCAAAUGUUGUGAUAAUUAUUUUUAUUUAUAAACUGCUUAUAAUAAAGCUAAAAAUAUGUAUACAAUAUAAUAUAA